AUGAGUUUGAAGUUGACCUCGGACCCAUGCCGUGAGCAAUUUCGGAUAAAGUCAGGAGAUACGGCGAUACUGCUUUCGGAUUCGGUGAUCUCUCUAACCGGCCAGCAUAAUGUGAUCGGCAGAGCGAUCGUGAUUCAUGCGGAUGUGGACGAUCUCGGCCGUGGAACAUCCGAACUCAGCAAGACAACAGGAAACGCCGGAGCUCGUGUCGCCUGCGGAGUCAUCGGUAUCCUCUAG